AUGGACCCAAAUCUUGUGAUCAAUGGCUCUAAUGUGAUGUAUCAUCAUAAUGAAGUUGUUGAGAUAUACUGUCAAAGAAAUGUUGGAAGUAGUGCCUUCUCUAUAUUUCAUGGCAAUCAUAAGGAGUUCUCCUUCACCAAUGUCCUCUUAGAAAUGUCUAUGGUUCUUAUUAUUAGCCAUAUUUUGCGCGUCCUCUUGAAGCCUCUAAAACAACCUAAAGUCAUCUGUGAUAUUCUUGCGGGCAUAAUUAUUGGACCUUCAGUCCUAGGUCGGAGCAAGACCUUUGCAGAUAAUGUUAGUCCAAAGAGCUCAAACUUUGUAAUAGAAAAUAUAGGAAUUCUUGGCUUUGUGUUUUUCUUAUUUAUGACUGGGGUGAAAAUGGACCUUUUUGUGGUUGCCAAAGCCGGAAAGAAGCAUUGGGUGAUUGCAAUUGGAGGGAUGUUUAUUGCUCAUGUAAUCAUUUUAAUAUUUGAUAUUUGUGUGGAUCACUACAUCGACGAUUCAAUGGUGCGAAAACCAUCUUCUGUUGGAGCUAUUUCUUCAACUAUGAUUAUCACAACAUUCCCGAGUAUUUAUAGCAUUCUAAAAGAAAUGCAAAUUUUAAGAUCGGAAAUUGGGCGUAUGGCACUUACAACGGUGAUCAUAACCGAUUUUGUUGGGUUGGUUGAUAUUGUUUCAUUUGAGGCGAUGAAGCAAUCAGAAGUUAGAAUGAUUAACGCGAUACCUUACAUGUUGUCAACAUUGUUGCUUUGUGCCUUGGUAUUUUAUGGAGUACCAAUGAUAAUGCGAUGGAUUAAAAGGCAAACUCCAAAAGGUAAUCCGGUGGAUCAAGAAUAUAUAGUUGCUACUUUGUUAGGAGUUUUUGUAGUAGGACUUCUCACAGAUUUUUUUGGGGCUACAAUUGGGGUUGGCCCUCUUUGGCUUGGGUUAGCCAUCCCCGACCGCCCACCAGUAGGGGCAAGCAUUAUUCAACAAACUGAGGUGGUUGUGAAUCACAUUCUUAUGCCCUUUGCGUAUGCUACUGUAGGGCUUAAAACGGACGUGUUUGCAAUGGCCGAGUGUUGGUCUUUCACAAGUCCCGUGCUAUCGUUGGCCGUUAUGUCCAUUGUUACAAAGCUUUUUUCAGUGGUUAUAAUGGCACGAUUUGUGAAUAUGUCAUAUAGAGACUCUCUUACUUUGGGAUUUAUACUCGGCCUUCGAGGUCAAACAGAGUUUCUUCUUUAUAUUCAUUGGUGGAGCUUAAAGAUAGUGACGACGUCGUCUUUCUCAUUAAUGGUAAUUUUAACAAUUAUAGCAACAAGCAUAUCAAGUCUUAUGAUUAAUUACCUUUAUGAUCCAAAAAGGCCAUACAUGACCAACAUGAGAAGGACCGUACAACACACAGCACAAGAGUCUAAACUUCGAAUCUUAGCCUGCAUUUACGACCAAGAAAGCAUGGCUAACAUAUUUAGCCUCUUGGACUUCACCAAUCCAACAACAAGUAACCCAUUUAAAGUUUUUGCUAUCUAUUUUAUUGAACUCGUUGGGCGAGCCGCCCCAAUGUUCAUCGACCAUGUGAAGCAAACAAAUGAGUAUUGGGAUCACAACAAUGUGGCUGUCCAUAAGGCAAUCAAGCUCUACGAAAAGGAUCGUAAUAAUCGCAUUGCUAUGAACUUAUUUACUUGUGUCACCCCAAGUCGAACAAUGUACCAUGACAUUUGUGAGAGGGCCUUGAUGAACAAGGCUGUAUUUAUUAUUUUACCCUUCCACAAGAAAUAUAUUGAAGUUGGGAAUGAUUUAUUUACUGAAAUACUUAGGCCAGGGGUACAAUAUACUAAUGCUAAUACUUUAUCUCAUGCACCAUGUUCCGUGGGAGUUUUAGCAUGCAAGAAGGCAAGUGCAUGGGAUAUACGUCCAACUCGGACUAUUAACAACCAAAACACGCAGCGCCAAUUUGUCAUGUUGUUCCUUGGUGGAUCGGAUGCCCGUGAGGCCCUCAUGUUGGCUAGCCGCAUGGUGGAACAUCCGGAUGUGUCGUUAAUUGUGAUUCGAUUCUUGGCAAAUGAACAGGCGGGAGAUAUUAUACCGGAAAGGAAGAUGGAUGAUGGAGUGGUAACUUGGUUUUGGGUAAAAAAUGAGAUGAAUGACAAAGUAGUUUACAAGGAAGUUGUUGUGAGUAAUGGUUUUGAAACAGUUUCGGCUAUACGAUCGUUGAAUGCUAGUGUUUCGAAGAUAGAUCUUUGGAUCGUAGGGAGGAAAAAUGGAAUAAAUCCAACUUUUUUGGAUGGGUUAUCAGACUGGAGUGAAAAUUCAGAAUUAGGAUUAAUUGGUGAUUUUUUAUUAUCGGCUAAUUUUAAUGUCUUAGGAUGUGUAUUAGUUGUGCAACAACAAGUGUUAAGAGAACAACAUGCUAUUCCUUGGGCUUGUUACUAG